UCUGUUUCUUUACAUCAGCAAUAUGUUCUCAAAAAUCUUGUCCGUACUAGCUCUUACAGCUGUAGCUCAAGCUGGUGUUUUGGACUACGGUCAUGGUCACGGACAAGCCACGUCGUACGCUUCUACAAGUCUAGGUGUAUCUGACAAUGGACAUGGAUAUGCUGCUCCUGCAUUGAGUCAUGGAUACGCUGCACCACUUGCUCGUGGAUAUUCUGCUCAUGGAGAGUCUACUCAUCCCGACGAACACAUUAAUAAGAAUUAUCGGACUGUGAAAAAGAUGAGUGACUACCUUCCAGAGAUGUAUCAAUAUUCCAAUGAACAAGCAGAACAACUAAAAUUUAGUAGAAACUUAAGCAUGCGUUGCUGUGUUAAUUAUUAA